AUGUCUCCUUCCCAAAAUCAAAAGCGCAACCGCAGUAACCAUGCACCAUAUCUCUCUCCAACCGAACCCUCUCCUCGCCCAUACUCUCCCGAAGAUCUCCUCUUACAUCUAACACAUUCGACUUCCCCAGACACCGUCGUAGAGACUACCGAAACUUACGAUGCCAGCUCUUACGAAUCAGACGAAGGUUAUUAUAAUGCAACUCAGACCGAGACCAGUCAAUCAGACGACGACGAGGAGGUUGAUAUGUUAGAUUCGAGCCUUACAGAGACAGAUCCUGCAACGAAAGCAUUAAGUAACGAAUUAACUGGUGUGAGGAGCAAAAUAACCCAGAUUGAGACAAGAAUUGCUACGUUAGAAAACUGUAUGUUUGCGGUACGAGAGAGAGAGAUAAAUAAAGAAUAUGAAGCCAUAGAAGCAGGUCAUCAUCCUAAAUUUGAAGCUGUCAAUACGGCUCUACUUGCUCAAAGAGACAAACGAUUACUUUUAGCCAAUGCCUGGCUCAGAUAUGGCAAAGAGCGAGCGAAGAAUUUACAGGAAGGGAUGUGGCAAUUGAAACACUUGAAACUGAGUAUGAUCCAAGACAGAAAAGACAAGAUACAGAAGCUUAAAGCAGAGUACAAUGUUUUGUUGAAAAAUCCUACCCGAUAUGCACCGAAAAAUCUCAAAUAUCCCAAGAUGGGAACGUUCCCGCGAAUGGGCGUAUUCGACAAUAAUUCACGAGUAAUAGAAUCACGCUCAAAAACUUCUCGUACUCUGCCUGCGCCCGUUAGGUCCAGACUGGUUAACAAGAGCUGGAUAAUAAAUGCCUGGCUUGGAUCGGAUUCGGACUCGGGAGAAGUAAUGGAUGGAGCAAAAGGUCCUAUAAUGUCUGGUAGAAUGCCUGUUGAGCGGCCGGUAGUCAACCAUUGUCCCAGAUCGUUUACCAUGGAUGAAUAUCUUCGGAGAAGAUAUUCUGAUUAA